CUACAACAGGUUCCUGUCUGGUAAUGAGGUACGGCUAUCCUUUGGCUUUUCGGCUGCUGUAGAACGACGAAUUCCAGCACUCUCUCGGUAUUAUGGAGAUCAAGCAGCAGAAAAUCUCUUUGCCUGAGUACACAAAUGUUGAUAGAGACAGGUUUCUCCAGGACAUUUAUCCCUUGAGAAAACCAGUUGUUGUGAAAGGCCUGCAUCUUGGAGCUUGCAGCACAAAAUGGACUGUGGACUAUAUAAGCAAGACAGGAGGAAGCAAAGAGGUGAAGAUUCAUGUAUCUGAACUCCCUCAAAUGGACUUUAUCAGGAAGAACUUCUUGUACAGAACGCUGCCUUUUGAUAUAUUUGUGCAGAGAGCAGCUGAGGAAAAGCACACCGCGUUCUUUAUCUCUGAGAAUGAAAAGUAUUACCUUCGUUCUUUGGGGGAAGAUCCUCGCAAGGAUAUUGCUGACAUCAGUAAACAGUUUCCUCACCUUGCCACAGAUAUCCAGAUACCAGAGUUCUUUGAGAAGGAUCAGUUUUUCUCCAGUGUCUUCCGCAUAAGCUCCCCAGGCCUGCAGCUUUGGACACAUUAUGAUGUGAUGGAUAACUUGCUUAUUCAGGUGACUGGAAAGAAGAGAGUUGUGUUAUACAGUCCUCGAGAUGCACCAUAUUUAUAUUUAUCAGGUGACAAAUCUGAAGUCUUAGAUGUGGAUAACACAGACUUGGUCAAGUAUCCUCUUUUUUCACAUGCCAGGCGAUAUGAGUGUUAUUUGGAAGCAGGAGAUGUCCUGUUUAUUCCAGCCCUUUGGUUUCACAAUACAGUUGCAGUUGGCUUUGGAGUCGGAGUGAAUGUCUUUUGGAAACACCUGCCUUCUCAGUGCUAUGAUAAAACAGACACUUAUGGAAACAAAGAUCCCUCUGCUGCCUCCAGAGCAAUGCAGAUCUUAGACCGGGCUUUAAAAACACUGGAGGAGCUUCCAGAGGAGUACAGGGACUUCUAUGCAAGGAGAAUGGUUUUACGUGUGCAGGCAAAAGCCUACAGUACUAACUAUGAAUAAACAUCUUAUAGACUGUUUUUGGGAUCUAAUUCCAUUGACAGAGAGCAAGUUAUUAUUUUAUCUAAACAAUGAACCAGAAAAAAGGUGAGGUAAUUUUAUCCCCACUUUAGCGAUUAUUGGCAGAGACAUGCUUGCCAGUCUAUUAUGUCAAAGUGGCUAUUUUUUUAAGUAACCAGCAGGGGUUUUAAAUUCCUAAAAUGUUAUGUUUUGUACCCAAAAAGUACAGGCUAUGAAAAUAAACUAUUAAAGGAAAAAAAAUAUCCUAAUUAUAUUGUAGCUCUACAAUUUUAAUAUUUUUUCAGGAAGACCUUAUUUAUGUGCUCUUAAUUCCAUAAGUGAGAGCUGAUACAAUUUGCAAUUGGUCUUAAUUUUUUAUUUUUUAUUGUGUGCAGCAGUUAUCUGGUAUGAUUUACCUUAGUAAACCAGGGAGUGGUUUGAAUGAGAGACUGAUAUAUUUAUAGGAGAGGACCUGAAUAGAAAGAUAAACAAUAAAAAGUAACAAAAAAAUUGUAGCUGCACAGGACAGUAGUUUAUUUUUGAAAGUUAGAAAGAGUCAGAUGAAGAAGGCACAUCAUUCAAAAACUAUAAAACAAAAAUAAUGAAGACCAAUUAAAAAGUUGCUUAGAAUUAGCCAUUUUAUAACAUACUAAAAGUUAACUUUAAAUUGAACCACCCCUUUGAAUGAGAUAUAUCUUAGAUUUUGUUUAACCCAUCAUGAAAAUCAUUCAGAAUUACUUAUAUACCCAUACAUUUUAGUUUGAUUGCCAUAAUGUCACUUUGUUUUAAAAAGAUGCCCUAUAAUAAGGUUUUAUGCUACUGUUAAUGUAAAUAUGCACAUAUUUAUCUGUACUUUUACCUUUAUGCAUGGUUGCUUCUAUAUUGCUUUUUUGUAUGGGGAGGUUUAAUUAGUUAAGUAAUAAUUCCAAAGUAUUUAUUGUGUUGACCGUGGCAAAGGGAUGAUGAGAGAGAAGAGUCUCUCUCUAAAUAAUCCAUAAUUGGUCAAUGUAAUGACUCUUAACUGCUGCAGAUUUUAGUAGAGGAAUUUAAAGGACAAGGAAAGGUUAGCUCAUUAGGGGGUGCCAAGCUUGAACCUUUUCCCCUGGUCCAGUCUGCUACUUUGUGGUAGGCACAUGCUCAGUAUGCUAGAAUUGCUCUAUUUUGCAUGUGUCCGACCCAAGCCUACACAAGAACUACAGAGUACAUAAAACAAGAUGGCAAAACAGGGCAGAAGGCUAGUGUUUGGUUCAUUUAAUUUUUGUGAAUUUUUUGAUGUUGGUGAAUGCUGGGAAUUCUCUACCCCUUAGUUAUACUGAAGAAGCCUCAAGGAUGAGUGUUGAAAUGUUUUUAAGACUAUAAAGCAAUUCUAUUUGCAUUAGACUAAUAA